UCACCAGACGGGUUCCACCAACAAUGCCAUCACGUGGGAUUGCAGAGUAUGCGGACUUGAAGAACAACAGCGCCCCCUGCAGAGUGGGAUGACUAUAGUCAAUAACAAAAUGUACAAAUAAUAUACGCGGUUCCAUUUCAAGCUAUUUUGUUGUAUGGUUAUUCAAAAUGACAGGGCUUUGUAAUCGAUGUGUUGGAAUACCAAACACAAGCUGAAUCCUCAUUAACCAUUAACAUGGCAGCAGCAGCUUUGUUACAGUUUUAGUAUUUGAACGUGCUUGUUUUAAAAGGUAAUAUGCGUAGAAAUAGAAAGUGUUAUUGUUUUAUGUAACCUUGUGUACAGUACAUACAGUUUUAAUUCUAUACGUUUUGUGUCCGAACUGAUAAAAAUACUUUUUUUUAGUUUUCCAUUUAUAACAUUUUGAAAAAUACACGAUUUAAAAGUUGCAAUUAGUUUAUUUCAUAAUAACAAAGCUACCGUGUGUGUGUGUUUAUUUUUCAAAAGUACAGUAGCAAUGUGGCCGCCAGAUGGCGCACCGUUACUGUUUUGUGAAAAUUAAUUUUAUGAUCACAUGAGCGGCUUUUAUGCGAAUCACGUGGUUUCGCAGGAAACAGCUAGAGAACGUUUUGCACUAGAGUAGAGCUGGUGGUUUAUUUGUAUUUACUUUUUCAAAUGUAAUAUAGUAUUAUAUUUAUAUCUAAUUCCGUAUAUGUAUAUGUAUGAGUAAUUGGAGAAUGCACGUUACCGUGUCUGGUGAAUGAAAACGGGUUUUACUACAGUAGAACCAGCAGCGCUAUGCUAGUGUUAGCAUCUAGAACAGCAGUCAGUCGUUUGUGACAGGAUUGGAGUGAGGUGUACCGUACUAAACAACACCAAAACAAGUUUCAAACUCGAGGCUGUCAGCAUCAUGUCAUCUGCCGGUAAAGCGGCAGCUUCAGCCGCCGGUCAGCCGAGCGAUAGAACCGGCUUCCUCGGAGCGAGGAUCCCGUCAGAGGUGGAGGUCAUGACGAAACACUUGAAGGAUUUGGACAAAGAAAUGUUCAGAAAAAUCCUCAAAGCUGUUGUAAGCGCAUUGGAAGGAAAGGACUGCAGAGAAUCUAUGACUGCCAUCGCUGAGCAUGGGAAUCUCUCUGAAGAGCAGUUAAGCUACAUUAUAGCAGGGAUGUACACUCUGCUGAAGGAAGCGUUGCGACUCCCAGCCUCCUCUCUGAAACAGGAGGUCUUCAAGGAAGAUCUACGGGAUAUUAGGAUAGCAGAGGAGUUCAUUGCAGAUUUUGCCAGCGUGAUCUUCGGCAGUAGGCGAGCGGUGCUCGAGAGUGCUGCUGCUCAGCAGGGAACUCGACGGGCAGGCAUUGCUGAUUUCAGGUGGAGAGUAGACGUGGCCAUCUCAACGAGCUCUUUAGCCCGUGCGCUGCAGCCCUCCAUACUGAUGCAGAUGAAGCUGACAGAUGGGAAUGCCCACCGCUUUGAGGUGCCAGUUUCCAAGUUCCAAGAGCUUCGCUAUAACGUUGCCCUGAUCUUGAAGGAAAUGAACGACUUGGAGAAAAGAAGUGUGCUGAAAAUUCAAGACUGAAUCGGUUCAGCUUGUUAAAGCCUAAAAGUUGUUCUUUUUUUUUGUAUUAUGAAUAAAGAGUGAGUGAUUUUA